AUGUCGUUGUAUUUAAUAACUGAAGCAUUCAAUAAAUUGGGUUCACCAACAAUUCGUAAUGAUGACUUUUUUGAUCGUAUUAGUCGUCGAUACUCUGUCGUUAUCAUUGGUAUAUCAUUUUUAAUCAUCUCAACAUGUCAAUUUAUUGGUGAUCCAAUUAAUUGUUAUACACAAAAUGUCGAAGGAAAUCAUAUGUCAUAUGUGAAUCAAGUUUGUUGGAUAUCGGGUAAUUCAUAUUAUUUACCAUUUGAAAAAUCAUUACCAAAUCGAUAUGAGAUAAAACCAAAUAAAGUAAUUUAUUAUCAAUGGGUUCCAUUUAUUUUACUUGGUAUGAUGAUGUUAUUUUCAUUACCUAGUUUUAUAUGGGUAUCAGUUAAUCGUUCAUGUGGUGUUAAUACAAAAACAUUAACAAAUUUAAUUGAAAAUUUAGAUCAUUUAAAUCCUGAAUCACGUCAACCUAAAAUUCGUACACUUAUUCGACAUAUUGAUAAAGCAUUAGUUUAUCAUCAUCAACCAGAUAAUGGACUCUUUUCUCAUAUUCGUACUGGAAAUUAUUUAACAGGUGUCUAUAUCAUUGUAAAAUUUUUAUAUAUUUUUAAUAGUAUUGGUCAAUUAUUUUUGUUAAAUAUUUUUAUUGGAAAAACAUAUUCAAGAUAUGGUUUAGAUGCAUUGAAACAAUGGUAUUAUGAAACAGAAAUGUUAACUUUAGAAUAUUUUCCACGUGUAACAAUGUGUAAAUUUACAAUUCGUACAUUAGCUGAUAAUAUUCAAAAUUAUGAUGUUCAAUGUUUAUUAUCAAUUAAUAUAUAUAAUGAAAAAAUUUUCUUAUUUCUUUGGUUUUGGUUAACAUUUGUUGCAAUAGUAUCGAUUUAUGGUCUACUAAAAUGGUUUUAUUAUUUUACAAUACGAUCACGUAUACAAUUUAUUGAAGAAUAUUUAAAAGUUCAUUCACAUCAUUCAUCACCACAACAAUUAAAAUUAUUUUUAAAAGAUUAUUGUCGACAAGAUGGACUAUUAUUAUUGAGAAUAAUAUCAAAAAAUACAAAUAAAAUUGUAGCAUGUGAAAUUAUUUGUGAAUUAUGGGAUAUUUGGAAGAUAAAACAAAAAAUUAAUUCAUCUACGGAUAAUGACGGAUUAAAAUUGUUAAUACCAUCAACAGUUAUUUGA